GGUUGUAUAAUCAUCAACGGAAGUACUUUCUGUGACUCCUCAAUACUUUUUUUCGUUUUCUUUUUUUUCUUUCUGCUUUCUGCGCAGCUGUCUACGCUGUACUUUCUACGGGAUCAAUAUUACUUCCAAGCGUUACUGCUCCUUGUUGCUUGUUUCUUUUUUUUCCCUCCGCUUUUAAAGCUAACUGUAACUCUUUUGUUGCUUUCUGUAACAAAGUUGCCAGCCGCUUCUCGGCAUACGCACCACUGAAAUCAUGGCAGAGUACAUCAGCACGAUCCUGGCCGAGGAGGAUCCGAACAAGUGGUACACAUCCUUUGAGUUCUACCCUCCGCGCUGUGAAAGAACGGAGGAGGAGUUGAUGAACGUGCACAUUCCUGCCUUCGCCAAGCAGUCGCCCGUCUUUCUCGAUCUCACGUGGGGCGCCGGCGGCCGCACAAGCAACACGACGCUGCGCCUCUCGAAGCAGCUGCAGGACACGUACCCAAACAUUCCAGUCAACAUGCACAUUACCUGCACCAACAUGCCCGCCGGGCUCAUCAAGGAAAGUCUAGAAUUUGCGAAGCAGAGUGGAAUCCGCAACAUCCUCGCGCUGCGCGGCGACGCCCCGCAAGGCGAGGAAUUUAAGGCGAACCCGGACGGCUUCGCGUGCGCGAAGGACUUAGUGAAACACAUUCGCAGAACAUACGACGACUUUUUCUGUGUGACGGUGGCCGGAUACCCGGAAGGGCACCCGAGCAAAAUUGCUGACGACGGCACCAUCACCGAGGAGGACUAUCAGCAGGAGCUGGACUACCUUAAAGCAAAGGUGGACGCCGGCGCGAGCAUCAUCGUCACACAGCUCUUCUACGACCCUUCCAUCUACGUCGCUUUUGUGCACCGCUGUCGCGAGAUGGGCAUCAACGUGCCGAUUCUCGCCGGUCUGCUGCCCAUCACGACCUACGCCGGCUUCAAGCGCAUCGUGAAGCUGUGCAAGACUCACAUCCCUGACGACGUGCGACAAAAGGUGGAAUCGUUGAAGGAUGACCACGAUGGCCUGAAGGCCUACGGUGUGGAGCAGUGCCUGGCCAUGAUCCACUACAUACGUAAUGCCGGACUUGAAUACAACCACCUGCACUUUUACACGCUGAACAAUACCUCACAGACGUUCAAGGUAAUGCGGCGUCUUGGCAUUCACGUGGAGUAG